UCUCCCUUCCUCUUUCUCCUCCUCUGGUUUGGUCAGCAGCCCGGCCAUGGACACCCCCACGAGCACUUCUCAGCCUCCCAGCCUCUCCACGAAGAAGAGAGCUCCCCGCCUUUGGCGCCUCCUCCGUGCCGCCGCCUUCAUGAUCCGCCGCAGCUCCGCCAAGAAACUGGCUCCAGUUAACGUCGAGAAAGGCAUCCUCAAUAAAUUGAAUGCCGCCAUGAGGCUGUUGCACCACAACUUUCAUGGAGCACCUGCAUCAGCGCAUGCAGAGAACCAUGGAGCAGUGAAGUUGCAGAGACGGGAAAGUCUGCAUGGUGUGUUUUGGCUUCCGCCUGCGCCAUUGCCACUCGAGACUGAAGAAGAAUUAGAAGAAGAAGAAGAAGAUAAUGUUGACAAUGGCAUUGCUGGUGGUGGUUGCGAUGAUGGUGAAUAUUUGAUCACAUCUGCAGAUUCUGAGAGCCAAUAUUCGCCGGCCGUGAACUUCGUGGAAAUUGACUCGAGCACGAGCUCCAGCUCCAGCUCGAGUCCCGCCAGCCGGCUAAAUGCGAUCGAUUUGAGGGCCGAAGAGUUCAUUGCGAGCUUCUACGAGCAGAUCAGGUUGCAGCGAGUGGAUUCCCUGAACCGUUACAACGAGAUGAUUGAGAGAGGAUCUUAGGUGGUAUCCCAUGGAGAUGGAUGGCCAUGGCGGUGGUGCAGGUCGAUGGAUGCAUCCUGUUUUUUUUUUCCCUGUUACAGUCAGUUGUCCAUUGAGAUUGAUAGAGUACAUAUUCUCAAUUCCUAUAUGUUGGGAAAUAAAUUAAUGUCUUCA